CUCAUACCAACCACUGAUACUACACUUGAUCCAACCUAACUGAAGAUUUGUUGUGUCCUUACUACUCUCGUUGCCCAGUGCUAUUGCAGUCAACAAGGCUGCCAGUCCAUCCUUCCCCAAGAACUCAUCAACUCGUCACGCUGUCGCCUCAACGAACCACCACCUACUAUUACUAUCCCAAGAGGUCGCAUACGUUGGAUGACUUGACUCCCCAGUACCAAUACAUUACCAUCACCCGUACCCCAACAAGGCCACAGACCCCUCCCCCUUCCACACCAACCUUGAGCUAUUCCAGCACAUCCACCCCCAUAUCCAGGUCACCGUCGACACCAGUGAACGCCAUGGCCAAGGGUGCAACCGCUCAACGCGUGGUCGGCUUCGCCACGGAGGUCAACUCCUCGCGCCCACCACGCGACGAUGAGUAUUUUGUCAUGUACCGCUUUACCAAGCAUGCUUCCAAGUGCAACCUCUGUGCCGACCCAUAUGCCAGCUACCAAAGAGACCUUGAUCUCUGUGACCGAGGCCGGAGCUAUGCCAGAGACGUCGCAAGCUACCUGUACUCCAAGGGAGGCAAACCAUUCUCCAAGAUCGACCGAUCUAACGGCGACACUGUUGAAGUCGAAGUCCCGGCUGAGUGCGCAGUGAUCAAGGAACUUGUCAAGGCUUGGGGCCGUGGCAUGACCUUGACCAAGGCCAAGAAGCCCGUCAUUGUCAACUCUUCCAAGACCACCGAGAAACACGAAAGGGUCGAAAUCCCCAAGGCCGCCCCCAAAGCCAAGGAGCACUUCUACGAAGAGCCCGUCCGGGACCGACGGACACGAGACUAUGACGUGGUCGAGGUCAUCCCCAACUCCAGCCGUCGGGAUCGUCGCGAACGAGUGUACCGUGAUGACCGAGGCGAAGAACGAUAUCACUAUGUCCGCAGAGAGAGACCAGUCAGCUACCACGGAAGUAAGGGUAGCCUGUACGAACGUGACGAAGAAGAGAAGAGACGUCGACGAGGAUACGACGAACAACCCAUCGUCAUCAUCGCCGAGCCUUCGAGACGGUACAAGCGGUGAAAGGAACGGGAGCCGAACGGGGUUUUCCAUCUAUCGGGAUUUUUAAUGGAAAUUACGGAGUAAUGAUCAACAACAUCUUGUAUCAACAAUGACAUCAACAAAGACGUGUACCAGAAAGGAAUUAUGGUCGACAUGUAUCAGCCCAAUUGAGCUCUGAUGAACGACACAUCGUCAUCAUCUGGAUGGUCCAGCAGUGAACUGAAACUACGAAAGGGGAGCUCGACUUGCAACAAUCCAGCCGAGCUUCAGGCUCGCAUGUCCAUGGUACAGACAACACAACUCCAUGCAAGACAAAAAAAAAUAUUGCGAGGUGGCACUCGUGUGGAUUUUGUCUACUUGAUUGAUUGUGGGAAUACGUGUUGGGAUUGUCCAUCGACAUUUGUCAUUGGGUUUUGCCAUGCUCUGCUCUGGUUUUUUGGUUCUCAUCAUCUACCAAAGAAAAAAAAACAAAAUGCUCCAAAACUAGUUUGUCGUGGGUGCCUCAAGGCAGGCGCUUUCUGCAGAUAUGGAGAUUCGAAUGUUUUGAUGACAACGCGACAGUGCAAGCAAUUGAGGCAAAUUUGAGGAGGUUUUUGGAAGGGAAUUAUUCGGUCAGGGCCAGGGUCAGGCUGAGCACUCAGGAGGGUGUGUCAAGGCAGCACACAGCACAGUCAACAGCUCACCUACUCUUUGGUGUAUUUACUGUACUGUUAACCUCGUCUUAUGUCGUUCCUUGGCCCAGGUAUCCAGGAUGGAAUUUUUGGCAGGAAUUGUGGCGCCAGUCCUUGGGAAUUUGGCAGAAUGACGGCCGAACGGGGGGGCCAAAAGCACUUUACUCCUUACAUGGUCAAGUGCAGUUAAAUAGGAACUUUGGUCUUUUCUUCC